AUGGAUCGUGGCCUUUCAACAGGCACCCAUCAAGAACAUGAUGGACUCCGCGAGAGAAACGUCACCUCUCAAACCAAUCCUGCUGCCACCACUGAGGCUUUGACGGCCACGGGGGAUGCAGAACCCAAGGGAAAGACUGGGAAGGCAUUUGGGAGAACUCCGGGUGGCACUGUGUUUACAGUACCGGAGACUCACGACAUGGUUUCUCAACUUCUGUCGCCCUCGGAGCCUAAGAACCUGUCCGAUCUGGUUGUGCUGGCCAUCCUCGGGGCGCACAUCCUGCUUCUCUGGCAACUCCCCGCAGGAGCCAGAGUUCCCGUCUUCGCCGCGGUCUACCUGUUCUGGCGUGCAUGUUACAACGUUGGGAUAGGUUGGCUCCUUCACAACCAGUCACACCAUAACACCUUGGUCCGCUGGGCGGAGAAGACCAAGGUCUUUGUCAACCCGGCGACCGGCAAGAACCCUCACCCUCAGGUAUACGACCUCAUCAAGCGAGAGUUGGAGACUAAGAUCAGGGCCGAUUACUCCUUCGACAAAGCCCCUAUUGAGUACAACACUUGGCUUGUCUUCAGACGCCUGGUGGACUUGAUCUUGAUGUGCGACUUUACGUCUUACUGCCUCUUUGCGAUAGCUUGUAGUCACCACCCCGUCAGCGAGAGUAUUCUCAUGAGCACCCUCCGCUGGUCUGCGGGUAUCGUCUUGGUCCUGUUCAACCUCUGGGUCAAACUAGAUGCCCAUCGUGUGGUAAAAGACUAUGCUUGGUACUGGGGUGAUUUCUUCUAUCUCCUCGAGGGAGAAUUGACCUUUGAUGGCGUCUUCGAAAUGGCCCCACACCCCAUGUAUUCUGUCGGCUACGCUGGCUUCUACGGUAUUUCGUUGAUGGCCGCAAGCUACAAAGUUCUGUUCAUCUCCAUUAUCGCCCAUGCAGCACAAUUCGCCUUUCUGGUCCUGGUCGAGAACCCUCACAUCGACAGGACGUACAACCCUCCGCCGCCUCGCAAGCGAGCAACGGAACAGGACUCGGUCUCCGCAGUUGCGUCCCACCGAUCGGACUCUCCCAUUGCGCCAACCUCUGUCGAUGAAUCUGUGCCCCAAGCGCCAUUGGACCCCAGCGCUCCACCGGAGUCAGUCCACAACCUGCUCGGUCCCCACAAUUUGGAUCUGCACCGAAACACAGAUGCCUCUGUGAUGCUCGUACAGUUUCUCGUAUUCGCUCUGGCUGUCUUGACGCCUUCAACUCCGGGAUAUCAGUUCCUCUUUGUCGCAAAUGCGGCCGUAUGGCGUAUCUGGUUUUCCGUCGGUAUCGGAUACUUGCUCAACCGUCAGUCUAAUAGUAAAGGGUGGACCCGGCAUUUCGUCAAGUAUGGUGAGAGUCCGCAAGAGGCUUGGAGCCAGUGGAAAGGCACCUACCACCUGAGCAUGAUCAUGUGCUAUGCUAGCUUCAUUGCUGCCGUAUGGAAGCUCUAUACCUUCCCUGCUGAUUGGGGAUAUGGUCUGGUUCUCCUGCGACACGUCGUGGGCGCGGGUCUCGUCGCCUUGCAAGUCUGGACCAAUGUCAGCAUCUACGAGUCUCUCGGAGAAUUCGGUUGGUUCUAUGGUGACUUCUUCUUCAAUGCGUCGUCCAAGUUGACCUACGAUGGUAUCUAUCGCUUCUUGAACAACCCCGAGCGUGUCCUGGGUCUCGCAGGCGUCUGGGGUGCGGUCUUGAUCACUAACAGCGCCGCCAUUACUUUCCUUGCUCUGUUGAGUCACAUCCUGAGUCUGGCAUUCAUCCAGUUUGUAGAACGUCCACACAUGCAGAAGCUUUAUGGCCAGAGCCUGCGUCGCGAUGCUGGAUUGGUAAAGAGUCUGAAACGGUCUCUGCCUCCUUCCCUGCAGCAGCUGCACGGAAGUGUCGACAAGAUCUUCGAUGAAUCGUUUGAAUUUGUCGAAGAACUUCUUGAAUCUGCUCGUCCCAAGCUCGCGGCCGGUGUUAACACAUUUGUCAAGGACACCACUGCCCUGUUCCAGAAGUACCCGGCCCGUGUGACCAUCACGCGUAUUGACGCUGACUUGGCUGGCUAUGACUUGCAUGACUACUCACUGGAGAUUGAAAGCACUAACUCGUCUUCUAUUGAUGAACCCGACCAACCCAGCGGCCGCGAAGGAGCCAACGCGCGGAUGCCUCUGGACCGUCGCGGUGACCUCAAGAACCUGGUGUUUGAAUAUGGUGCUCCGGUUAAGAUCAGGUGGACUGCUCCUCUCAAGCACAACAAGAAGGACUGGAUUGGUCUCUACAGGGUCACUGACAACACGUCUCGCGAAGUAACCCGUGUCUCGUCCCAGGGUCGUUGGGUGGCUAUCAACCAGGGCCACUACGACAACUCGACAUGCGAAAAGGGAAUUGUCACGAGCGACGAGGUCCAUCACGAGAACGGCCGUGAGUACGCGACAGGUGAAGUCGUCUUCUCGGGGGACAAGCUCUUCUGGACUCAGGGUGUCUUCGAGUUCCGGUACCACCACAACGGCAAGCACAAUGUCAUGGCCAUUUCUCGUCCCUUCGAGAUCCGGAUCCGCCGGUUCAACGAGGAGGACAUGCUCCUGCAGAACCCGGCUCUGGCCGAGACAUCAGUGGAAUCUGCUCUAUUGCCUAUCGUUCGUAAUUGUUUCGAUCGGGAUCCUGAGAUUGCCCCUGAGAGUGUGGACGAGUCGUUUGGCAGUCUCGUGGAGCGGGAUGGUAAAUUUGCCAAGCGGGUCGUUUUUGCCGUGCACCAAACAUUUGGUAUUGAAUUGGCCCCUGAAGUAGUUCAGGCCGAUGGGAACGUUCGCAACUUGGCAUGGCGGGUGUGCAACGCAAAGAGAGUCUUGGCCCCCUACAGCAUGUCGAGGAACGGUGCUACAACCCCGACUGAGGAGAAAAUAUAA